AGCGUCACUUUCCAAUACCAGAAGGCCACCUCAGUCCGUACUUACCCUCUCAAGCCUCAACACUCAUUGGUGUCUCCGCUCACCAACACCACCUUUUGCUUCCAGUUGUCUCUCUCAAUCUCUGUCUCGCUGUGUGAAGAUGUCAACCAUGACAAUUCCAAAAUCUUGCUUUCUCAAAGCACCACCCCUAAGCAAAAGAUCAAAAGGUCCAAGCCUGAGCAAAUCCUGUGCCCUAAUUAAGAACCCAUGUUCGUUGGGUUCGGUAAAGAGUGUAUCAAAAGCAUUUGGCUUGAAGUACUCUUCCUCCUUCAGAGUCUCUGCAAUGGCAGUUUACAAAGUGAAACUCGUUGGACCAGACGGUGAAGAAAGUGUAUUUGAUGCACCUGAUGAUGAAUACAUCCUUGACUCAGCUGAAAAGGCAGGUGUGGAUAUGCCGUACUCAUGCAGGGCAGGAGCCUGCUCUACUUGUGCCGGGAAAAUUGUUACAGGAUCAGUGGAUCAGUCUGAUGGAUCAUUCUUAGACGAAAACCAGAUGGGGAAUGGGUAUAUUCUGACUUGUGUCUCAUACCCUACAUCAGACUGUGAGAUUCACACCCACAAGGAAGGUGAUCUCUACUAAACAAUCCAAUGAGUGUACCUGAGCUUUACUUCCAUGUGCAUGGGAGAGCUAUUGUAUUGAUAGCUAGAUGGUACCGUUGUUUCUUUAUGAUGCUAUGGUGUUUGUAGCCAUGUCUGCCUUUUAGUUUGUUUGAAGCUUAAAUAGUUUGGUUGACAAAGGGAAUCCUUGAACAUUGCUAGUGGUCAUGCAUUUUAGGUUUCACCCUUGUUUUGUCUGGUAAAAACAAUCUGGACUAGCAAGUUGAGAUUUGGAAUAACAGGGUUCUGAUUUUUCUACUGGUACAGAUAUUCCUA